AUGGAAAAGGGAAUGGCUAGUGAUGAAGCAGAUUCGGCAACGCCUAUCUCCUAUGAGGACAAUAGUGUUGUUGGUAUCACUGCAAAUGCCGAUGGUACUGGCGUUGAGACGGAUAGAGUAGAGAGAGCCCCUCAACAGAACGCUCUUAAUAAUGAGGAUGGUGGUAAAUUACAUGAAAUGUUGACGAGGAAUAGGAGCAAUGGUCAAGGUUCGCAGUUUUCUCCUGAGGUUACUUCUAAAGUUCAGUCUUUAGCGAGAACACUUUCAAAGCAUAGACUAUCGGAUGGAUCGUUAGAUUUACCAUCGGGAGAUGAUGAAGAUGGAUUCAAUGCAGAAAGGAUCUUACGCCAUUUUGUAAAGGAUGCUAAUUCACAAAAUAUCGAUUUCAGAAAAACAGGUGUGACUAUGGAAGACGUAUCGGCAACCGGUAUUGAUACUACGUCUCUAGAAGGUUCGACGUUUGCAGAUCUCGUAUUGCUGCCCUAUACCAUCGUAAGAGCUAUCUACAAGAAAAGACAUCAACGUAUGAGGAAGAUUCUUCAAAAUAUAAACGUUUUGGCAAAGCCAGGGGAAAUGAUUUUAGUUUUGGGUAGACCAGGUUCAGGAUGUUCAUCCUUUCUAAAAACUGCAGCCGGGGUGACUGAUCAGUUUGCCGGUGGUGUCGAUGGUGAAAUUUUAUACGACGGAAUUCCACAGAAUGUUAUGAUGAAAAAUUAUAAGAGCGAUGUUAUCUACAAUCCCGAGUUAGAUGUGCAUUUCCCCUUUUUGACGGUCAAACAGACUUUAGAUUUUGCCAUUGCGUGUAAGACACCAGCGGUUAGAGUUAACAACGUCUCUAGGAAAGAGCAUAUCCGUGCUACACGUGAUCUGUAUGCAACCAUUUUUGGCCUAACUCAUACCUAUGAUACUAAAGUUGGUAACGAUUUUGUACGUGGUGUUUCCGGUGGUGAAAGAAAAAGGGUUUCCAUUGCAGAGGCCUUAGCGGCUAGAGGUACUGUUUAUAGUUGGGAUAAUGCUACAAGAGGUUUAGAUGCAUCCACUGCGUUGGAAUAUGCACAAGCUAUCCGUAUCAUGACAAAUUUGUUGAGGUCUACAGCCUUUGUUACAAUUUAUCAGGCAAGUGAAAACAUUUAUGAAACUUUUGAUAAAGUUACGGUCUUGCACAGUGGUAGACAGAUUUACUACGGAUCUACAAAAGAUGCAAAGGAUUAUUUUGCCAGAAUGGGGUACUUAUGCCCACCUAGACAAGCAACCGCAGAAUUCUUAACUGCAUUAACUGAUCCUAACGGGUACCAUAAGAUUCGUUCAGGUUUUGAAAAUAAAGUUCCACGUACUGCAGAGGAAUUUGAAGACUAUUGGUUGCAAUCUCCAGAGUUUACUGAACUAAGGAAGGAAGUUCAAGAGUACAACGCUAAGGUUAAUUCUGAUGCAACACAACAAUUCUUUUCUGCUACUAUGAAGGCUGAAAAAUCUAAAUUUUCCAGAAACAAAUCCUAUUAUACCAUUUCAUUUCCUGAACAAGUUAGACUUUGUACUGUUAGAGGACUUCAAAGAAUUUAUGGUAAUAAGGCUUAUACCGUUAUUAACGUUGUGGCUGCUGUCAUUCAAGCUUUUAUUACAGGUUCUGCCUUUUACAAUUCACCAUCUUCAACAGCAGGAGCUUUUUCUCGUGGUGGUGUUCUCUACUUUUCCCUAUUGUAUUACUCUUUGAUGGGUUUAGCAAACAUUUCUUUUGAUCAUAGACCCAUUUUACAAAAGCAUAAGACAUAUUCAUUGUACCAUCCUGCAGCUGAAGCCCUAGGUUCUACUUUCUCUGGUACACCUUUCCGACUAAUUGGUCUAACCCUUUUCAUUAUUAUUCUUUUUUUCCUGUCCGGUUUGAAUAGAACUGCUGCUACUUUCUUCAGAAUUUAUUUGUUCCUUGCCAUGUGUACUGAAUGUAUCUAUGCAUUAUUUGAUUUUAUUGCAGCUGCAUGUGAUGAUAUUGCACAGGCAAGUUCCAUUUCAGGUUUGAUCAUGUUUUCCCUUUCGAUGUAUUCCACCUAUAUGAUUCAAUUGCCCAACAUGCAUCCUUGGUUCAAAUGGAUUUCCUAUGUGUUGCCAAUCAGAUAUGCUUUUGAAGCUAUGCUUGAAGCUGAAUUUCACGGUAGACAUAUGUCAUGUGGUUCAGGAUCACUAGUCCCAUCAGGUCCUGGUUAUGAAAAUGUUACAGAUUCGCAUAGAGUUUGUGCAUUUAUUGGAUCUAAAAAGGGACAGUCCUGGGUUUUGGGUGACGAUUAUUUGUAUGCUCAAUAUACAUACAAAUAUUGGCACGUAUGGAGAAACUUGGGUAUUAUGUUCGCCUUUUUAAUCGGUUACGUUGCGGUUAAAGCAAUUAUAACAGAGAUUAAACGUCCAGUGACAAGUGGUGGUGAAGCUCUAAUCUUUAAGAAAGGCGCUAGAAGAUCUCUUGAUAAGCAAAAGAACACUGCGCAAGACCUAGAAGCUAUGGAUCAAAUGAACAUGCAGGAAGUAAGGGAAAAAAUAUCUAGUAACAGUAGUGAUGUUACUCGUAAUGAUGAGCAAAAUUCCGGAGCCAUUGAGGGAUUUGGUAGUAAAGGUGUUUUUAUUUGGCAGGAUGUUCGUUAUGUGAUUCCAUAUCAGGGCACUGAAAAGAUUCUUUUGGAUAAUGUUACUGGUUAUGUUGCGCCAGGGACCAUGACAGCUUUAAUGGGUGAAUCUGGUGCAGGUAAAACUACUUUAUUAAACACUUUGGCUAAACGUGCCAACGUUGGUAUAGUGACGGGUGAUAUGUCAAUCAAUGGUAAACCAGUAGAUAGCAGUUUUGAAAGAAGAACCGGUUAUGUGCAACAACAAGAUAUUCACAUUGCUGAAAUGACAGUUAGAGAAUCCUUGGUUUUUUCAGCUCGUUUGAGAAGACCUCAAAGCAUUCCUGACGCGGAGAAAGUUGCAGAUGCAGAGACUGUUAUGAAGUUGUUGGAUAUGGAGGAAUACGGUGAUGCUCUAGUUGGUGGCCUAGGCGCAGGUUUGAAUGUGGAACAAAGAAAGAAAUUAUCAAUUGGUGUGGAGUUGGUAGCUAAGCCUGACCUUUUGCUUUUCCUUGAUGAACCAACUUCAGGCUUAGAUUCUCAAUCUUCAUGGGCCAUUGUUCAACUUUUGAGAAGAAUUGCUAAAGCUGGACAAUGUAUUCUUUGUACCAUCCAUCAACCUUCUGCUACUUUGUUCGAACAAUUUGAUAGGCUAUUAUUGUUGAAAAAAGGUGGACAAACUGUGUACUUUGGUGACAUUGGUGAAAAUUCUUCUAUUGUGCUAGAUUACUUUGAGAGAAAUGGUGCUAGACAUUGUGAACAAAGGGAAAAUCCUGCUGAAUAUGUCUUAGAGGCCAUUGGUGCAGGCGCUACGGCUUCUGUCAAGGAAGAUUGGCACGAGAUUUGGCAGAGAUCUGAAGAGUGUAGAGCGACAGAUCAGAAAGUAGCUGAGUGGAUACAAGAAUUAUCUACUCAAGAUUUCGAUGUCGGUGAAGUUGGUGAAAAGAGUUCCAAAUAUGCUACCAAUUAUUUUUACCAAUUCAAAUAUGUGUGGAUGAGAACAAAUCUCACGCUUUACAGAGAUUUACGUUACAUUUUUUCCAAAUUUAUGUUACAAAUCAUGUCUGGUCUUUAUAUCGGUUGGACUUUUUACAAUCCUGGUAAAAGUUAUGUAGGCUUACAAGAUACCCUGUUCGCCGCAUUCGUAUCAGUUAUUGUCUCCGCACCUUCCAUGAAACAAAUUCAGGCAAGAGCGUUAGCUUCUCGUUCAUUAUUUGAAGUUCGUGAAUCCAAAUCCAAUAUGUUCCACUGGUCACUGUUGCUUCUAACUCAAUAUUUGGCAGAAAUUCCGUAUCAUAUAUUAUUCUCUACCAUGUUUUUCUGUGCUUUCUAUUUCCCAUUAAGAGUUUGGUUUGAAGCUUCCAGAUCAGCAGUUUUCUUCUUGAACUACUGCAUCAUGUUCCAAUUGUUCUAUGUGGGUUUGGGUCUCAUGAUUCUUUAUAUGGCUCCUAAUUUACCAUCCGCGAACGUUAUCAUGGGGUUAAUUCUAUCUAUGAUGAUUCAAUUUUGUGGUGUGACACAACCUAUGAGUUUGAUGCCUGGAUUUUGGACCUUCAUGUGGAAGGCUUCCCCUUAUACCUAUUUCAUUCAAAAUUUGGUAGCCAUUGUGUUACACAAAAAACCAGUGGUUUGCAAGAAGAAGGAACUCAACUAUUUUGACCCACCUCAAGGUAAGACUUGUGGUGAAUACAUGCAUACUUUCUUAAAGCGCAGUCAAGGUUACAUUGCCAAUCCUGAUGCAACUUCUAAUUGCGCUUACUGUCAAGUAUCUGUUGGCGACGAAUAUUUGUCACAAAGAGGUGUUUCCUACGGGAAUAUUUGGAGAAACUUUGGAUUUUACUGGGCUUAUAUCAUCUUCAACCUAUUUGCUAUGGUGGGCGUCUAUUAUAUCUUCUCUGUGAGAGGUCUAAGAAGUUUUAAUCCAUUCUUAUUCAUUAAGAGGAUUAUCAAGCGCCAGUAA